AGCUGGCUUAUUGGCGGGCACGCUCCACUAUCCUCGCAUCGGCUUUAAACUCGCGCUUUCCGGCCGCAUCGCGCGAACCGAAAAGAAGUCAGAGCCGGCCGCGGGCGGCUUUUAUUACGGAUACUAUCGGCGACUGAUCAACUGGAGAAGUGGCGAGGUGAUUACAAAACGCGAUUUAAAGGACGCCGCUCGCUGUGCCGCGUGCUUCAUUCCCGACGAUGUCACGCUUCAAGACGCGCAUUGCCGAGACAUCGUUGAAUUGACGUAUCGACAGGUCCAAUCGAAUUGACACCGUCGUGGUGACACGCCGUAUACCGAGUUCCUUUACGACACCUCAGAGAAAAAACAUUCAUAAUGAAGCACUACAUUCUAUUACUUUGCAUCGUGGCAGCUCUUCGAGAUUCCGAAGCGAUACGUAAAGGAUCCACGGAUUAUGAAGAUAUGUCCUUCUGGCUGAAGUCCGGCCAAGAAACCCUGCACAGAAUCCUGUCGGAGCAGAAAAACGAGAAUCGUGCCAAAAACGUGAUCAUCUUCAUCGGGGACGGUAUGGGCCUGUCCACCAUUACGUCCGGUCGAAUCUAUAUAGGUCAGCUCAAUGGCCAAAGCGGUGAAGAAUACCAACUCGCAUUCGAGAAAUUCUCCAACACCGGCCUCGCCAAGACUUACAACGUAGACAAGCAAGUACCGGAUUCGGCGGGGACGGCAACUGCUAUAUUUUCUGGCGUGAAAACCAAAUACAGGCUUAUUGGACUGGAUGCCAGAGCCGAAAAUAGCAAAUGUGAUAAGAAAAUCAACGCAUUAAGCAAAGUCACCACGGUAGCUGAUUGGGCGCAGCAAUCCGGCAUGGAUACUGGAUUUGUUACCACUACUCGCAUCACCCAUGCCACUCCGGCGGGACUUUACGCGCACAUUAAUCAUCGAGAUUGGGAAUCCGAUAGUGACGUACCGAAGGAUCAACAAUCAUGCGUUAAAGACAUCGCAAGACAACUCAUUGAGGAUGAACCAGGAAGUCAGUUUAAGGUUAUCUUGGGUGGCGGAGCACAACAAAUGGGCUUGAAAUUGAAUACGAAUGAUUUAUCGCGAUCUGAUGGCAGAAACUUAGUAGACAAAUGGCAAGUGAGUCAUCCCAAAGGAAGAGCCGUCACCAACAUGCAGGACCUCAUGUCCAUCGAUAUAGCUAACACAUCGCACAUCUUUGGUGUUUUCUCACCUGGUCACAUGCCCUACCACGCCGUGAAGACUGACGAGAUACCCUCGCUAGCAAACAUGACGACGCAAGCCAUACGAUUGCUGAAGAAGAACAAAAAUGGAUUUCUGCUAAUGGUCGAGAGUGGCAAAAUCGAUUUAGCCCACCACGGCAAUUGGGCGAAACUCGCACUGCGCGAGUUGUACGAACUCGACGAGGCAGUUAAGGUGGCUCUACGGCUGUUAAAUAUGGAAGAAACGUUAAUCAUCGUCACAGCCGAUCACUCGCAUUCGUUCACACUGAACGGAUAUCCCGAGAGAGGCAACGAUAUCCUCGGUUUCGCCAGCAAAUCAUCUAGCAGGGAAGCCUACGAAACGCUAUCCUACGCUAACGGUCCAGGAUUCUACUACCAUCGAAGAAACGACAGCAACAACGUCAACGAGACCUGGAGAAAAGUCGAGGAAGAUCAGACUCGCGACGAACCCUUCUACAGGCACUUUGCUGCCAAAUACCUCAAGGACGAGACUCACGGCGGAGAAGAUGUCGGGGUUUAUGCUACCGGCCCCUAUUCGCACCUGUUCCGAGGUACUUUUGAGCAAAAUUACAUUGCUCACGCCGUAGCGUAUGCGGCAUGCUUUAAAGACUGGCCGUCUCAUUGUGACAGCGCUUAUCGUCGUUACUUUUACGACGUCAAUAUGGCACCACCAAACUCUAAGAAAAAUUCAGCCGGACAAAACACGGUAUCGUUUGCGAUAAUAAUAACUUUCCUGUUUACGGCGAUCUUUGUACAACUGUGAUAAACGUCAUUACAUUUUCUUUUCGUUAGCCAAAUAACUAAUGAUGCGCCGUGAGAAGAAUUCAUUUCGAGUAAUAAAUCAUAUUUAUUUAAGUACAAAAAAAUAUUUAAGAGAUAUCCUUUUCUUGUGUCUUUAUCGAGAGGAGUAUUCCAACUUGAUAUACAUAUAAUAUGACGCAAUAAGGUUUCUUUUGCGAUGCAGAUCUGCGAUAUUUGUAAUAGACUAAACAAGUUAUGAUUGCAAAUACCAUAUACGAUUUUACUAUAAUCUCCUUUUACUGUAAUCUCUUUAAAUUCCUAUGUUUCUCAUGGAUGUAAUUACAUUUUGACGAUAUAUUAUUAUCUAUGAUUUUAUUUAUUGUUUAGAGUUCAACAAAUAAUCGUGAUUAUUGAUCGCGGGUUUCAUAUGAACACGAGUAACACGAUGAUCUUUUUUGGGUUAUUGCAGCAAUGAUGACGAAUUUAUUUUCAAGCAUGGACAAACUUGGAUGGCAUUAUCCACGUAUUAAACACAAGUUUACAGGAUUUCAAAAUAAUGAUAGGAAAGUGCUAACAGCCGUAUGACUUCGUAAUAUAAUACAUUGCCAUGUUUUAGACAAAGGUGAUAUUACCAUUAAAUUAUCGCGAACAAAAUUCUGUCUAGUACUUUUUAGUCAGAUUUUACGAAAUACGUAAGGUUGUAUAAAAUAAGUAAAGUUGCUGUAAUAUAGAAAAUCAUCCUUCGAAAUAUAAGAGAAAUGAAAUAGUUUUUAUGUACUUUAACAUGUUACUUAUACAAAAUAAAUAUAAACUUAUGUAUA